AUGAAAUAAUAUUGACUCAUGUUUUUUAAUUACUUUUACUUAUAUAUGUGUAUGUGUGUGUGUGUCUAUAUAUAUAAUAAUAAUUAUUAUUAUACAAAUAUAUGAAGUUAUACAUCGAUACGUGUAUCUACCUAGAAUAAUGUUAUUAUUUAUCAAAAGUAAUUCAAUUACUAAAUUAUUGGUAAAUUCAUUAAAAUCAUCUCAUAUACUUUCACAAAAACGCACUGUGUAUAAACCUAGUUUAUUAGUACGUAAAAUAUUUGAGAAAUCAAGAAUAAAUAAUGUAAAAAGACAAUUAUGGACAUCACGUUUAAUAAUACGACAUAACCAAACACUAUCAUGGGAUAUAAAGACUAAUCUAGCAAAUAAUGUUAUUUUGUAUAAGUACGAAAGUGGCAAAUACAUGUUUGUUCACAUAUUUGGUCUAUGUAACAUUGUUGCUUGGUUAUAUUUAUUUUGCUAUUGGUAUGAAGAUUUAUAUCGUAAUUUAAGGACCAUAUCAUUUAAACAAUUUUUAGAGGAUAAUUAUCCUAUUCUUUCAGUCUUUCUUUUAACAACAUUUUCAGGACCACUUUUCUAUGGAUUAGCUUGGAUUUUUACUUCACGUAUGGUUAAGUGUAUAAUUUUACAUAAAGGAGGCAAACAUAUUAGUUUUAUUACUAAUCAUCUACUAAAAAGCAGAAAUACUAUAACUGUUCCUAUAGAAAAGGUAUAUGCAAUACAAUCGAGGACUGAUAAAAGAGGUGUAUAUACAUCAAUUAAAAUAGAAUCCUAUAAGAUGUAUUUUUUAAUUGAUAAACGUGGCAGGUAUAUAAAUGGGGAUCUGUUUGAUCGUGUGGUUGUAUAUCAAAAAUAGUAUGGUAGAAUAAUGACAAUAAAAUUUUUAUAAAAAUUA